AUGGCGGUGGCGCAGCCAUAUCUCCUGGUCAUAGAGAGGGAGGUCACGGUGAAGUCAUCCAAUGAAAGAGUGGCCACAUUAAAUCUGUUGGAACCGUGUAAGCUAGAGACGGUGAAGAUACCCGGGAAGACUCUCUUGACGGAGCUUGCCUCCCCAAACCAACGUGACUGUGUAGUGGCUGCUAACUUGUUUGCUCCACUCAACAGUCUGUGUCGUCCUGGUGACUCACACAUCGAGACCCCAAACGCUUUCUUCACUUCGGUGGCGAUGCAUUCUAUGAAAGACCAAAGAUUCUAUCUCCACUCCUUGGAUACGGCUCCCACUGAUCUGAUCAAGACUUGCUCUGCUGACUUCCCUCCAGUGAGUCCUUACAGAAGGUUCAUUUUUUCUAACAUCCCCGAGAUCACACAAGAUUUGUAUCAGUACUUGGUCGAGUGA